CACCAACUUAAGGAGUUGCGUUCAACUGCACGCAAGAAUUUGACAAUGGCGAUCCUGAAUAAUACCGGAUGUACAUAUGAAAGUGAAACGUUCAACGCGAGUGGCGUAAUCGAGGCUAUCUACAAAUAUGAACAAUUUGUGAUUAAUAACUACGUGUCUGCUGGCCGGCCUUGGGAGUUCACGACUGGCUUUUAUCUGUGUGUCACGGCAAUCACAACUAUAGGUUAUGGCGAUGUUGCUCCGAACACUCAGACUGGUCGAAUUGUGAUGGUAUUCUAUUGUAUCAUUGGCGUUCCAUUGAACCUGCUUUUCCUCUCUAACUUCGGCAUCAUGGUGGCGUCCUUCACAAUGGCACGUUUUCAGAAGAUGAGAAGGGCAGUGCGGAAAACCGGCAAGAAGCUGUCCAAGAAAAUCAACGCGAGGCGAGGGAGUCUAGCAACACUGGACUUACAGACCGGAAAGAACGAGUCUUGGCGGGAUAACUGGAAGUUUACAUCAUAUAAAGACCCUCCGGGCACCCCACCGUUAUGUACCGGUCACGUGACUGACCAAGGAAGAGACGACCAUUAUUCUGCGUACAAUGACAAUAUAUCAAAAUACGAGCAAUCAAUCUCAAACGGGUCAGUUGCCAAUUAUCAUACCAGAAAAUGUAUCGAUGAAACCACCAACAACACUGGCACUGUCGAUUAUGGCAUCAGCGACAUUGAAGCGAACGCCCCCAACGACAUCAGAGCAAGGAUUGAUUCAUUGGAAGUUGCGAACGAUACGAAUGACGUAACCCGCAAUGGUAGUUGUCAGACUUAUGACAACAUUGCAUAUGAAGGCGAACAAUGCAAGGACUGUGCAAACAAAGCUAACGGUGAUGUCAAAGCUCAGUAUUUACAACCAGUAGAAAAUGGGAAGACAGGUAAACCGAUCAACCGUUCCGACAACAAUAACGUACGCCCUGCGGGCGUGGCGAUACAAAUGGCUCAUCUGACGAACGUACGCGAUUGCACAGCAUUCGAAAAUCACGGCACACAGACGGAUGAUGAUCACGGUGUUACGAGAGUAGAUGAAUCGCAGGAUUCUGAAACCGACGCCGAGGCGCAGGACCACUUAGAAUACGUUAUAUCUAACCCUACCAACGACAAGGACGUAGAUGCCGCCAAAGGAAAAGCAUUAUGGACAUUAUCGACAAUGUACGUGUUGUACACCAUUCUUGGAGCAAUCUUCUUUUAUUCCACCGAGACCGAAUGGAGCUUUAUCGACUCACUCUACUGUACGUUCAUAUCGCUGGCUACUAUCGGUUUCGGUGACCUUAUACCAGGCGAAAGUGUAUUACUGGACUAUGGGGCACUACGUACUAUUGUAUACCUUCUAUUUACAUAUAUUGGGUUGAUAAUAUUUUCUGCGUGCUUCGCUCUCUCGUUGGAGAAAAUAAGACAUGUUUCCCGUAAGCUUAGAAACAAGGUUCACAUCACGGGCGAAGGACGGUACUGUUGCUGCUGUUGAAUAUAGCGCAUUCAAGUCGCUCCCUUGUUCAGCUGACUUCAAACUAAUUCGUGUCUAAUAUAUAACAUGUCGAUUUAGUUAAGGAAGUGCGUCGGUGCUAUUCGAUUUUACAAUGUCAAUUCAUACUAUUUACCCAAUCAUGUGUUGCUAUGUA